AUGAGCAUAUUAAAAUUAAUUAGGUAUAGGUUUAUUUCCCCAUCCAUUCUAAAAAUAAAUAAAUAUUGUAAAGUAUAUUGUAAGGUGAUGGGCCCCCUUGCAAUAUCAUUGGAUAAAUUGCAGGGUGAAAGGUCUUGUCAUUUAGGUUUUGUUGCCCCUACUAUACUGGCAUUAAGACUUUUAUUAAUACAGAUGGAUAACUUGGUCCACUGUAGACCUUUAUGUUUUAAUAUUAUAAGCAGUUUGGAGAAGAGAUUUGAUUAUAUAUUUGAUUUAAAAAAAGUCAAAAGUAAAUCCUUCAUUUUAUCUGCUAUAAUCCACCCAAAGUUUAAACAAUCCUGGGUACCCAAUAGAUACAAAUCAUAUUGUAAACAAAUAUUUUUUGAUGAGUGCUAUUUAAUUAAUACUGAUAAAGAUGCUGUUUUGAAUAUUGAUGAAAAUGUUGAUAGUGAUAGCAGUGACCAAGAAUUUUUUCAAGUCCUAUCAGAGAAUUGUUUAGAUGUGGAUAUUGAUAUUCAAAGCAAUCAUAAUUGUAUUAAUGCUCAAGCUAUGGAAUAUUUAAACUCAAAAAAUAAAGAUUUUAAUGUUCUUAAUUCAUUUCCAAUCAUAAAAAAAAUGUUUUUCAAAUACAAUACAACACUUCCCUCUUCUACACCAGUAGAGCGUUUAUUUAGUAGUGGAUCACAAAUCAUGACACCAAGAAGAAAUCGUUUAAAUGAUAAAACAUUUGAAAUGCUUUUGUGUGUAGAUGUCAGAAUCUUAAUUCAAACAACUUCUAAUGUCAUGUAG